AUGUCGGGUUCGUCGUCUGCGAACAACCAAGAGCAACAAAAUCAAGACCCCGACAGCCAACAGCAACUACAGCAGCUACAAUCGCAACAACAUACACUCGAUGAAACACUGCAAGAGCAACACUGUUCACAGCAACAUCCGAAAUGGGUUUGCGAAUACUGUACAUACGAGAACUAUCCACUGUCCCUCAAGUGCAUCAUGUGCAAAGGUUCGAAACCACUGCUUAAAGAGGAUAUAUUUAGACUAAGUCCGACCCAACAGUUAAGCGCGACCAACAGAUCCAACCCAAAUCUGGCUAGCGGAGCCGUCAAAACGACCGAGAUUCCAGACUCCAACCAAAGGUGGCCAUGCACUGCGUGUACCUACUUGAAUCUUCCGCACAUCAGACGAUGCCUGCAGUGCGACACAACGCGAAAGGACGAGCUAAUUCCGCAACAUCAGAAAUGCUCGCCUCCAAAAGUGAUAAGCGAUUACGAUAGCAUCAGCGAGCAUCUGAAUGCGAUGAACAUCUGUCGGAGUUCCAGUCCCGGGGACGAUGGCAAAGACUACACUGGCACCCAUCCGCUCCCAGCGAGCGGGACCGGAAGCGGAAAGCAUAAUCGCAACAACUCUCCAUCCUCGGGUGGGCUGUACGGUUCCAGCUCACGCUUGGCGACCAACACAAACGAUGGCGAGCCGGGAGUGAAAGGGUGCGCAAGCGAAGUCAAACAUUCUCCCUCACCAGUUUCCACGUCGCCCGUGAACACCGUCGGACGUGCGGUCGCCAGCUCUCCCGCUAGCUCCGGGAAGUGGUUCUGCGCAAUUUGCACGUACGAAAACUGGCCAAAAUCGCUCAAAUGUUCAAUGUGUUUGCACCCGCGUGAAACCGCAGCCAGUAACGUGAGCGGCAGAAGCAACCAAGCGGCCGCCAAAGCAUCGCCGGAACACGACGAAAAUACGAUCAACGUGGCCAGCAACAUCAUGGUGAACAACAAACGGAACCAGCAGCUUAUGGGCCAUUCGGAUGCGAUGAACAACAUGGACGCUUGCAAGCAAGAGCGCUAUUUGCAGCUGCUUCGUCGCCAGCCGGAUUGGGACUGGUUGAAUGCUUGCGUGGGAAUCGCGGAGAACAACAUAGGCGCGGUGGAAGCCUACCUCGAGUGUGGCGGUGACCCAAGCAGGGCUCUUACAUCGGCAGAGGCUUUCUUGAUCAGCCGCAACAAUUGUGCGUUCGACGUCGGCCACACGCUGAUACAUCUAGCGAUUCGGUUUCAUCGCGAUGAGAUGCUUCCGUUGCUAUUGGCACAAAUAUCCGGUUCGGGUCCGGGUAUCAAGCGUGUUCCGGCGUAUGUGGCUCCCGAUCUAGCCAGUGAUAUACGGCGCCACUUUGCGCAAUCGAUUCGCAUCCGGAAGGCGUCGUUCAAUUGCCAGUUUGUGAAUGAACAUGCCACGUUUUCGCUGCCCGCCGACAUCGAGGAGCUUCCGCUGGUUCUGCAAGAGCAGCUGUACGAGGAGCUACUCGAUAAGGACGCCCAGAAGCAGCUGGAAAUGGCACCGCCCGCCUUGAACUGGUCGCUCGAGAUCACCGACCGGCUUGGGUCGCGUUUGAUGGUGCUCUGGAAUCGCAGUGCUGGCGAUUGUCUGCUCGAUUCCGUCAUGCAAGCCACCUGGGGUGUGUUCGAUCGUGACAAUACGCUUCGGCGGGCGCUGGCAGACAGUCUGCAUCAGGGCAGCCACAUAUUUUAUCCUCGCUGGAAGGAGAACGAGUUGUUCCAGGCGGCCUUGCAACAGUACACGAUGGCUGAAAUUCAGUUGGAGAAGGACUGGAACACGCUCCUGUCACUCGCUAGUCAUCCGGGAUCAUCGCUGGAACAGCUGCACAUCUUCGCCCUGGCACACAUCAUGCGCCGGCCAAUCAUCGUGUACGGCGUGAAGUACGUGAAGAGCUUCCGCGGAGAGAACAUCGGUUUCGCGCGUUUCGAAGGUGUCUACCUGCCGCUGCUGUGGGAGCAAAGCUUCUGCAUCACCUCACCGAUUGCGCUUGGGUACACGCGGGGUCACUUUAGUGCUCUCGUACCAACCGAACCUUACUCGCGCAUCGACGCCACGAGGGACGAACGGGAGGACAUAACCUUCCUGCCGCUGAUGGACUGUGAGAUGAAGCUGCUGCCGGUUCAUUUCUUGACCAAAAAUGAGGUUGGCCGCGAAGAAAUGUUACUCCGGCAGUGGCUUGAAGUGUGCGAAACGGAAGGAGGCCUAUUGGUCGCCCAGCAGAAGCUACACAAACGUCCACUAUUAGUCGCUCAAUUGCUUGAGGAAUGGCUUAACCACUACCGGCGAAUAGCGAUUUCUAGGCUGUUUUAA